AUGACUCUAUUCCCAUCUCAAUCCCCUGAGGAUCCUCAACCAAUAACUUCUCAAGCUGAUUCCGAUGAUGAAACCGAAGGAGGUCGUUUCGGAGGAACAUUUGAAGAACUUCAUUUCGAUUCAGAGGAGGAGGAGAUACCUGACCUCAUGCUUAUGUCGGAAAUCAUCUCGUUUCUUUUUCUACAAAACGAGUUUUCUUCCUCCAGUAAAAGAAACCCUAAGACCACUCAAAUCUUCAGCAUAAUUGAUGCCGCCUCCCCCACCUUCGUCUUCUCCAUCAAUGUCCUCCAUGUCCCACUCAAGCUUUUGUUUAAUCAUCUCUAUCGGGAUCCCGAAGCCAUCACCUCUUCCAUUGCACCUUACUAUUCUUCACGAUUAUUCUUGGUUUCAGAUCUGACAAUUCCGUUUCAUAGUUAG